AUGGACGCCAUGAGGUCGCGCACAUCCUCGGGCGAGUCGUCCGACUCGAUGCAUCGCGCACGCGCAUCGGAUUCCGACGCGAGCUUCUACCGACGUUCCCCCGACUCGACGCCCACACGACGCCGUUCUGCACAGCCUCGAGUGGCGGACGAGCCGAGCAUUCUGGGCUCGAUCGGAAAGCUGGUUCGGCUUGCGCUGCUGGCUCUUGUGCUGGCCAUGGUGGUGCCGUACAUCAAGACGCGCAUGUUUGGAUCCACAUCCAGUACGGUGGGUAAUGCAACGCGCGCACUCAAGAACCCAUACAGUCACGCCGAGAGCGUCGUCGAGGCGGUGCAGGCAGCUGCAAAGGAGCCAGACGUGUUCAACUUUAAGCACCAAGACUAUCUGCGCCAAGCUCAUACUCCCCAUCCAUCCAUCGCUCUUCAGCCCAAACCAAAGCCGAGCACCACCUCGAAAGCAAUCAAACCACAACCCACGAUCAGCCAAGAUUCGGAUGGACCAGGUGUCUUUUCGCAAGUGCUGGCAGUGGCAUCUUCUUUCGCAUCCCUCUUGGUGACUGCGGUGCGUUUUAUCGUGGUUCCCUUUCGGCUUGCAGGUAGAGCGCUUGGUUCGGGCGCUGUAUGGAUCUGGUCGAUGUUCAGAGUGGCUCUGUCGCAUGUACUUCGACCAUUAGCCUAUGCACUUGCUCCACUCAGCUACCUCGUCUCGGGCAUCCUCUACGUCUUCGUCCACGUUCCUCUGCGUGUCAUCACAACGGUAGCAACAGAGCUCUACCCCGUCUACAUCUUCCUUGGCGCAGCUUCCGUCGUCGGCAUCACCAUGGGAAUCGUAGCUGCAGCCGUCCUCUACCUCACCGCUUUCAUCUUUGUCGACCGCAUUCCUUCAAGCAAAGUCGAGCACCCAAACCAAAACAACGUGGAGUCCGACGACUACUUCAACACCAACACCAAACAAUCCUACCGACGCUCGCGAUCAGCCUAUCCAAACUACUCGCAGCUCAGUAAGCAACCCUCCUUCCAGUCCAGCUACGGUUAG